CCGCAUUAUCUGGUGAGAAACGUUUCUAUCUUGAUAAGGAUGCUGUUCAAAAGACGGCUAAUCAUUGCAAUGUCAAGAAGGAUGCCGCAAAAAACGCACAAGAACAAAGCAGUCAUCUUUUCCUUUGUGUUCUCCUUCAUAACUUGGCUGUACAAUCUGGUCCUGUAAUUCGUGAAGCUGUUGUCAUUGGUGUUAAAGACCAUGCAUUUGAUGUUUUAGUGCCCGUGUUUGGAAUUGAGAAGCGUGUUCAUUUAGAUCAACUUCCAUUAGAAAAAUUCAUUUUUAAUAAUGAAACAGGGGAAUUAGCCUUGCAUUGGAAACAGGGAGUUAGUUCUCUAGAACCGAUUCCCGAAGAUGAUGGAUUUGGAGAAGAUGAAGAAGAUGGAUUGGAUGUUGACGAAGAUGCUUUACUUGCGGAUGUCAAUGACGACUAUCACUAUGAAUUGAUGGAUGUCACAAGUCUCCCGAUUGAAGAUGAGCAUCGACUAUUUGAUGCCAACUCGGAUAUUGGAGAUGAUGAUAUUGAAGAUGACGAGUUUCAAGGAUCCGGUGAUGAGGAGAACGAUAGCAAUGAUGAUACAGCAAUUGUUGUUGUACCUUCAAUGUCUUCUAGUGAAUCACCCAAAAUGGACAUUUCCUCAACUGAAACUCCAUCACUUAAUCAAACAGCCUCUACAAAAAGUUCUCUACCUGUUGUAAAAACUACAGAGUUGUCACAGUUGCCCAUAGUUUCUGAUCCUGCCAUUCCCAAUUCUCAAAUUAUUAAAGAGCUUUGCCGUCUUCAAGUCGUUAUCACUGCGGAUUGUAAAAAGAGCCCACCCGUUAUUAAAGUUUUGGCCGUUAACCCUUAUGCAUAG